AAAAGUAUCCUGUAAAGAACUGGCCCGAACUCACCUCUUGCUUGUCCUGAGAACUUGGGGUGAUGCCGUUUUGGCCAGUGCGUUGGGUAGAGACUUACACUGUAUAUUAUCUCUCGCGGAUACCAAACACGUUUGGGUGUGGAUAAAUGACUGCCCCUCCUCCACCAGAUAUCCGAUUAGAACAUGGACUAGCCUUCGGCGCCGCCUGAACGGAUCAGACGAGAAUGGGAAUGGUGUACAAGGAAAGGCUCCCUGUACCCGUGAUUCGGAGACGAGUUUCAAGAAUCGUUGGUUCAGUACCUGUGACUCAGUACAAGAGAGGCACCCACCAUCAAGUAUGAGAAGAGGUUCUUGCCCCUUUCCCGCACCUUAUGCUCGUCUGAAUGCGGAUAAGCUGCCCACCUCCCCUUGA